AUGGGGUAAGAUAUAGAUGGGAUAGGAUGGUGAAAUAGAUAUAGCUGGCGGAUGGUGGAUAGAUAUGAGGGACAGGAUGGGAUCUAGAAUAGAUGAUCAGGAGGGUUAUAUGGAUGGCAGGAUGGUGAUAUAGAUAUAGAUGGAAGGAGGGUGAUAUGGAUGGACAGGAGGGUGUAUAAAAUUGGAGGGAAAGGGGUGUAUAGUAUAGUGGAAAGGAUGGUGAAUGUAAGAUGGACAGGAUGGUUUAGAAUAGAUGGAAAGGAUGGUGUAUAGAUAUAGAGGCGGGUGGUGAAUAGAGGGACAGGAAGGUGUUAUAGUGGACAGGGGGGAUAUAGAUAUAGACGGACGGAGGGUGAUAUAGAUAUAGAUGGAAGGAUGGUGAAUAGAUAUAUUUGGACGGGGGUGGUGACUAGAGGAAAGGAUAGGGGUAUAGAAUAGGGGAAAGGAUGGUGAAUAGAUAUAGCUGGCAGGAGGUGAUAUAGAUAUAGAUGAACAGGAUGGUGACUGAGGAAAGGAUGGUGAUAGGAUGGACAGGAUAGUGAAAGAUUAGGGGCCAGGAUGGUGAUAUAGAUAUAGAGGACAGGUGGUGAUAUAGAUAUGGGGAAGGAGGUGUAUAAAAGGACAGGAUGGUGAAUAGAUGGAAGGAGGUGAAUAAAAGGACAGGAUUGUGAAUCGAUAUAGAUGGACAGGUGGUGAUAUAGAUGGACAGGAUGGUGAUAUGUAUAGGGGAAGGAUGGGAUAUAGGGGACAGGAUGGUGAUAGAUAUAGAGGGAAAGUGGUUUGAUAAGGGGACAGGAGGGGAUUAGGAACAGGAGGGUAAUAAUAAUAUAAUAUAAUAUAUAAAAAUAUAAAAAUUGCCAUUAGCAGACGCUUUAUCCAAAGCGAUACAGUAUGUGGAUACUUUUUUACGUAUGGGUGGCCGGGGAUCGAACCCACCCCCCUGGCGUUAAAGCGCCAUGCUUACCAAUUUGAGCUACAGGGGACCACGUAUAGAAUAGAUAUAGAAUAGUGGAAGGAUGGUGAAUUUUGAACAGGGGGUGUUAUGAUAUGGGGGGACUGAUGGGAUAUAGAUAUAGAGGGGACGGGGAUGGUGACAAGAUGGACGGAUGGUGAAUGGAGGAAGGAUGGUGAUAUAGGGGCAGGAGGUGAUAUAGCUGGAAAGGAUGGUGAUAUAGAUAUAGAGGACAGAAUGGGUAUAGUAUAGGGACAGGAAGGUGAAGAUAAACGGGGAGGUUUGAAAUGAUAUAAGGCGGAUGGGAUUUUUAAAAAUGGACAGGUUUGGUGAUUAGUUGGAAGGAGGGAUAUAGCGGGAAGGAUGGGUUUGGGGACGGAUGGUGAUAUAGUGGACAGGAUUGUGAAUAGAUAUAGAUGGACAGAAUGGGAAUAAAAUUAGGGGAAGGAAGGUGAUAUAGAUAUAGUGGACAGGAUGGGAAUGCUGGACAGGAGGGUGAUUAGAUGGACAUGAUGGUGAUAUAGCGGAAAAGGUGAAUGGAUAUAGGGGGACAGGAUGGUGAUAAGAGGACAGGAUGGUGAAUAGAUGGACAGGUGGUGAAUAGAGGGACAGGAUGGUGUUUAUAGUGGACAGAUGGUAUAUAGCUUUAGAGGACAGGAUGGUGAUAUAGAAAGGGGGGGGCAGGAGGGUGAUAUAGAAUAUAGGGGGACAGGAGGUGAUUUUAAGAAUAGUUGGAAGGAUGGUGAUAUAGAUAUGGGGACAUGAGGUGAUAAGAUAUAGAGGGGACAGGAUGGAAAUAUGGAUGAACAGGAUAGGAUAAGAUAUGGAUGGACAGGAUGGUGAUAUAGAUAUAGAUGGACAGGAUGGUGAUAUAGAGAUAGGUGGACAGGAUGGUGAUAUAGAUAUAGAUGGACAGGAUGGUGAUUAUAGAUAUAGAUGGACAGGAUGGUGAUAUGGAUGGACAGGAUGGUUGAUAUAUAUAUAGAUGGACAGGAUGGUGUAUAGAUAUAGUUGGACAGGAUGGUGAUAUAGCUAUUGAUGGACAGGAUGGUGAUAUAGAUAUAGAUGGACAGAAUGGUGAUAUAGAUAUAGAUGGACAGGAUGGUGAUAUGGAUGGACAGGAUAGUGAUAUAGAUAUAGAUGGACAGGAUGGUGAUAUAGAUAUAGAUGGACAGGAUGGUGAUAUAGAUAUAGAUGGACAGGAUGGUGAUAUAGAUGGACAGGAAGGUGAUAUAGAUGGACAGGAUGGUGAUAUAGAUAUAGACGGACAGGAUGGUGAUAUAGAUAUAGAUGGACAGGAUAGUGAUAUAGAUGGACAGGAUGGAUAUAUAUAUAUAUAGUUGGAGAGGAUGGUGAUAUGGAUGGACAGGAUGGUGAUAUUAGAUAUGGAUGGACAGGAUGGUGAUUAUAGAUAUAGAUGGACAGGAUGGUGAUAUAGAUAUAGAUGGACAGGAUGGUAUUAGAUAUAGAUGGACAGGAUGGUGAUAUGGAUGGAUGGACAUGAUGGUGAUAUAGAUAUAGAUGGACAGGAUGGUGAUAUAGAUAUAGGUGGACAGGAUGGUGAUAUAGAUAUAGAUGGACAGGAUGGUGAUAUAGAUAUAGAUGGACAGGAUGGUGAUAUGGAUGGACAGGAUGGUGAUAUAUAUAUAGAUGGACAGGAUGGUGAUAUAGAUAUAGUUGGACAGGAUGGUGAUAUAGCUAUUGAUGGACAGGAUGGUGAUAUAGAUAUAGAUGGACAGAAUGGUGAUAUAGAUAUAGAUGGACAGGAUGGUGAUAUGGAUGGACAGGAUAGUGAUAUAGAUAUAGAUGGACAGGAUGGUGAUAUAGAUAUAGAUGGACAGGAUGGUGAUAUAGAUAUAGAUGGACAGGAUGGUGAUAUAGAUGGACAGGAAGGUGAUAUAGAUGGACAGGAUGGUGAUAUAGAUAUAGACGGACAGGAUGGUGAUAUAGAUAUAGAUGGACAGGAUAGUGAUAUAGAUGGACAGGAUGGAUAUAUAUAUAUAUAGUUGGAGAGGAUGGUGAUAUGGAUGGACAGGAUGGUGAUAUAGAUAUGGAUGGACAGGAUGGUGAUAUAGAUAUAGAUGGACAGGAUGGUGAUAUAGAUAUAGAUGGACAGGAUGGUAUUAGAUAUAGAUGGACAGGAUGGUGAUAUAGAUAUAGAUGGACAGGAUGGUGAUAUGGAUGGACAGGAUGGUGAUAUAGAUAUAGAUGGACAGGAUGGUGAUAUGGAUGGACAGGAUGGUGAUAUAGAUAUGGAUGGACAGGAUGGUGAUAUAGAUAUAGAUGGACAGGAUGGUGAUAUAGAUAUAGAUGGACAGGAUGGUGAUAUAGAUAUAGAUGGACAGGAUGGUGAUAUAGAUAUAGAUGGACAGGGUGGUGAUCUAGAUGGACAGGAUAGUGGUAUAGAUAUAGAUGGAUAGGAUGGUGAAAUAGAUAUAGCUGGACAGGAUGGUGGUAUAGAUAUAGAUGGACAGGAUGGUGAUCUAGACAUAGAUGAUCAGGAUGGUUAUAUGGAUGGACAGGAUGGUGAUAUAGAUAUAUAGAUGGACAGGAUGGUGAUAUAGAUGGACAGGGUGGUGAUAUAGAUAUAGAUGGACAGGAAGGUGAUAUAGGUGGACAGGAUGGUGAUAUAGAUGGACAGGAUGGUGAUAUAGAUAUAGAUGGACAGGAUGGUGAUAUAGAAGGACAGGAUGGUGAUAUAGAUAUAGAUGGACAGGAUGGUGAUAUGGAUGGACAGGAAGGUGAUAUAGAUGGACAGGAUGGUGAUAUAGAUGGACAGGAUGGUGAUAUAGAUAUAGAUGGACAGGGAGGCAACGAGGGGGCAGUUGAACUGGGGAAGGAUUUCUGUUGAUUGCAGGUUUUUAGUGGAAACAGAAUGGUGAAUUAUGUUAUCAACUUGCAAACCGUUCUGUAACCCUGUGUUAAGAACAGUGUGUGUGUGCGCAAGCGCACGUGUGAGCAGCCAAGUCACCUUGAUACAAGUCAGUAUUUGACAUCCAUGUCUGUCUGAGGACAUCGGGAGAUGACAUGGAAACCAGCCACUAGGGGCAACCUCUGAUUCCAAAGGUUGCAAGUUUGAAUCCAGCGAUAGAAAGUUGUUAUUGAGAUUUUUGUUUUAAGCCUAUCCCAAACUUUAACCCUUACCUUAACCAUUCGGAGUUAAUGCUUAACCUUAAGAUUUCGGAGUUAAUGCCUAAACUUAACCUUAAACACUUUGAAAUUUGACGUUUGCAACAACUUCUACAUUUGACGUUCGAGAAACGUCUAAUUCUGACGUGAGACUGUGAGAGCUAGUUGGUGUGUUUGUUAUGACACGAGAGGGAAGACAGAUAGCCUCUGUGUGUGUGUGUGUGUGUGUGCGUGCGUGCGUGCAUGUGUGUGUUAUUAGGUGUUCAUUAUGCGCGGCAGACACAGAUGCUCCCCAACCCUGUCACAAUGAAAUGUGGGCUCCAUUCCCCGCCAUUCCCCAGCUGAGCCUUUGGAAUUUGAAAUUAAAUACACUAACGGUCAAAAGGAGAUGGUUUGGGAUGAGUCGGACCGCAGAGUGAAGGAAAAACAGCAUAUGUGGGAACUCCUUCAAGAAUGUUGGAAAAGCAUUCCAGGUGAAGCUGGUUGAGAGAAUGCCAAGAGUGUGCAAAGCUGUCAUCAAGGCAAAGGGUGGCUAUUUGAAGAAUCUCAAAUAUAAAAUAUAUUUUGAUUUCUUUAACACGUUUUUGGUUACUACAUGAUUCCAUACAGUGGGGAGAACAAGUAUUUGAUACACUGCCGAUUUUGCAGGUUUUCCUACUUACAAAGCAUGUAGAGAUCUGUAAUUUUUGUCAUAGGUACACUUCAACUGUGAGAGACGGAAUCUAAAACAAAAAUCCAGAAAAUCACAUUGUAUGAUUUUUAAAUAAUUAAUUUGCUUUUUAUUGCAUGACAUAAGUAUUUGAUCACCUACCAACCAGUAAGAAUUCCGGCUCUCACAGACCUGUUAGUUUUUCUUUAAGAAGCCCUCCUAUUCUCCACUCAUUAUCUGUAUUAACUGCACCUGUUUGAACUCGUUACCUGUAUAAAAGACACCUGUCCACACACUCAAUCAAACAGACUCCAACCUCUCCACAAUGGCCAAGACCAGAGAGCUGUGUAAGGACAGCAGGGAUAAAAUUGUAGACCUGCACAAGGCUGGGAUGGGCUACAGGACAAUAGGCAAGCAGCUUGGUGAGAAGGCAACAACUGUUGGCGCAAUUAUUAGAAAAUGGAAGAAGUUCAAGAUGACGGUCAAUCACCCUCGGUCUGGGGCUCCAUGCAAGAUCUCACCUCGUGGGGCAUCAAUGAUCAUGAGGAAGGUGAGGGAUCAGCCCAGAACCACACGGCAGGACCUGGUCAAUGACCUGAAGAGAGCUGGUACCACAGUCUCAAAGAAAACCAUUAGUAACACACUACGCCGUCAUGGAUUAAAAUCCUGCAGCGCACGCAAGGUCCCCCUGCUCAAGCCAGCACAUGUCCAGGCCCGUCUGAAGUUUGCCAAUGACCAUAUGGAUGAUCCAGAGGAGGAAUGGGAGAAGGUCAUGUGGUCUGAUGAGACAGAAAUUGAGCUUUUUGGUCUAAACACCACUCGCUGUGUUUGGAGGAAGAAGAAGGAUGAGUACAACCCCAAGAACACCAUCCCAACCGUAAAGCAUGGAGGUGGAAACAUCAUUCUUUGGGGAUGCUUUUCUGCAAAGGGGACAGGACGACUGCACCGUAUUGAGGGGAGGAUGGAUGGGGCCAUGUAUCGCGAGAUCUUGGCCAACAACCUCCAUCCCUCAGUAAGAGCAUUGAAGAUGGGUCGUGGCUGGGUCUUCCAGCAUGACAACGACCCGAAACACACAGCCAGGGCAACUAAGGAGUUGCUCUGUAAGAAGCAUCUCAAGGUCCUAGAGUGGCCUAGCCAGUCUCCAGACCUGAACCCAAUAGAAAAUCUUAUGAGGGAGCUGAAAGUCCGUAUUGCCCAGCGACAGCCCCGAAACCUGAAGGAUCUGGAGAAGGUCUGUAUGGAGGAGUGGGCGAAAAUCCCUGCUGCAGUGUGUGCAAACCUGGUCAAGACCUACAGGAAAUGUAUGAUCUCUGUAAUUGCAAACAAAGGUUUCUGUACCAAAUAUUAAGUUCUGCUUUUCUGAUGUAUCAAAUACUUAUGUCAUGCAAUAAAAUGCAAAUUAAUUACUUAAAAAUUCAUACAAUGUGAUUUUCUGGAUUUCUGACCUCUACAUGCUUUGUAAGUAGGAAAACCUGCAAAAUCGGCAGUGUAUCAAAUACUUGUUCUCCCCACUGCAUGUGUUAUUUCAUGUCUUCACUAUUAUUCUACAAUGCAGAAAAUAGUAAAAAUAAAGAAAAACCCUUGAAUGAGUAGGUGUUCUAAAACUUUUGACCGGUAGUGUAUAUAAAUAAAUAUAUAACUAAUGGAAUAAAUCUGUUAUUCAUGUCCACUGACCUGGAGCGUGUGUGUGUGUGUGUGUGUGUUUAUUUUGGUGUGGUGUGUGUGUGUGUGGGUGUGUGGUGUGUGUGUGCGUGCGUGCGUGCGUGCUUGCGUGCGCGUGGCGUGCGUGCGUGCGUGCGUGCGUGGCGUGCGUUGCGGCGUGCGUGCGUCGUGCGUGCGUGCGUGCGUGCGUGCGGCGGCGUGCGUGAGUGCGUGCGUUGCGUGCAUGUGGGUGCUACAUCUGCUUAUGUGUGUGUUCCCUAUGUGCUCACCUAUGCAUAUCUUUGUAUGUCUCUGUCUUCUAAUCUACAGCAACACUUCACCCCAGAGUGCAAGUUCAAAGAGAGUGUGUUUGAGAACUACUACGUGACGUACUCGUCCAUCCUGUACCGGCAGACCCAGUCGGGCAGGGUCCUGGUACAUCGGCAUCAACCGGGACGGACAGGUCAUGAAGGGCAACAGGGUCAAGAAGACCAAAGGGGCGGCCCACUUCCUGCCCAAACUCAUAGAAGGUAGGCUACUAUUCUCAGACAUCACAGACCUAGGGAACAUUGGUAACAUUGUGGGAGGCAAGCUGUCUUUCUACAGAGUUUAGUAGGCUCCAGUAGAUAUUGCUCAGGUCUCAUUUAAAAAAUGGAUUUGUUCAGUUCAAUAUUAUUUUGUCUCUCUCUCUCUUUCUCUCUCCUCUCUCACUUCUUUUCUCCCAUCCCUUCCUUCUCUCCCUCCCCUUCUCUCCUCCCUCCUCCUCCCCUCCUCCCUCCCCGUCUCUCCCCCCUACAGUGGCAAUGUACAGGGAGCCUUCGCUGCAUGAAGUGGUGGUGGUCGCCGAGCUGAGUCCGCCCAGAAAAACGGUCAAGACCUCCGAUUCGCCCGUGCUGCAGAACGGCAAGAAAGACCCACCCUCCAAAACCAAAACUUCCUAG